CCGCCGGGGGUGAGGCUUCCGUGGCCCUUGACCCCCACCCCUACCCCACGCAGCUAAACCCGCGGGGCUCCCAGCGAGGGCGUGGGCCGCGCGACCUGUCCUGCCCUCCCAGGGCCGAGCCCUUCCUAUACCUGCUGUGCGGCUCUCGGCUGGUGCCGGCCCUCUCUGGGCCCUGGCUUCUCCUCGGAGGAGCAGACCUAGAGGCCCUGAAGGAGGGGGUGGCCCGCGGCUCCGGCUGGCCGGAAGCCAAGGUCAGGCAGGAGGCCAGGGCGGCCCCGCCCCGGGGCUGGUGUCGUUGGACAUUUCAUAAGCGCGGCGCCGGGACAGAGCGGGGACGCCCAGGAGGAAGAGCGGCGGCGAGGGACCUGAGGAUGGAAGCGCUGGAGGACACGCUGCGGCGGCUGCGGGAGGCCUUCCGCGAGGGCCGCACGCGGCCGGCCGAGUUCCGCGCGGCGCAGCUGCGGGGCCUGGGCCGCUUCCUGCAGGACCACAAGCAGCGGCUGCAGGAGGCGCUGGCCCAGGACCUGCACAAGUCGGCCUUCGAGUCCCUGGUGUCUGAGGUUGCCAUCAGCCAGGGCGAGGUGGACUUGGCCCUCAGGAGCCUGCGGACCUGGAUGAAAGACGAGCCGGUGGCCAGGAACCUGGUGCGUGGUCAGGAGGGCUGGGGGGGCUGCUUGCGCCCACUGGGUGGCCUCCACGGCCCCUCACCCAGGCUCCCCCUCCAGGCCACCCAGAUGGACUCCGCCUUCAUCCGGAAGGAGCCCUUCGGGCUGGUGCUCAUCGUGGCCCCCUGGAACUACCCCGUGAACCUCACGCUGGUGCCCCUGGUGGGGGCCCUGGCGGCGGGGAACUGCGUGGUGCUGAAGCCCUCGGAGAUCAGCAGGAGCACGGAGAAGAUUCUAGCUGAGGAGCUGCCCCGCUACCUGGACCAGAGCUGCUUUGCCGUGGUGCUCGGCGGACCCUCGGAGAUGGGGCAGCUGCUGGAGCACCGCUUUGACUACAUCUUCUUCACAGGGAGCCCUCACGUAGGGAAGAUCGUCAUGGCCGCCGCCGCCAAGCACCUGACGCCCAUCACCCUGGAGCUGGGGGGCAAGAACCCCUGCUACGUGGAUGACAACUGUGACCCCCAGACCGUGGCCAACCGCGUGGCCUGGUUCCGCUACUUCAACACCGGCCAGACCUGCGUGGCCCCCGACUACGUCCUGUGCAGCCCCGAGAUGCAGGAGCGGCUGCUGCCCGCCCUGCAGAGCGCCAUCACCCGUUUCUAUGGCGACGACCCCAAGAGCUCCCCCAACCUGGGCCGCAUCAUCAGCCACAAGCAUUUCCAGCGGCUGCAGGGGCUGCUGCGCUGUGGCCGCGUGGCCAUCGGGGGGCAGAGCGACGAGAGCGAGCGCUACAUCGCGCCCACGGUGCUAGUGGACGUGCAGGCGGCGGAGCCGGUGAUGCAGGAGGAGAUCUUCGGGCCCAUCCUGCCGCUGCUGACCGUGAGGAGCCUGGACGAGGCCAUCGACUUCAUCAACCAGCGGGAAAAGCCCCUGGCCCUCUACGCCUUCUCCAACAGCAGCCAGGUGGUGAGGCAGGUGCUGGCGAGGACCAGCAGCGGCGGCUUCUGCGGGAAUGACGGCUUCAUGCACAUGACCCUGGCCAGCCUGCCCUUUGGAGGCGUGGGCAACAGCGGGAUGGGCAGGUACCACGGCAAGUUCUCCUUCGACACCUUCUCCCACCAGCGCGCCUGCCUGCUGCGCAGCCCGGGGAUGGAGAAAAUCAACCACAUCCGCUACCCGCCCUACACGCCUGGCAAGCUGCGGCUGCUGCUGCUGGCCAUGGACGAGCGCUGCUGCAGCUGCACGCUGCUUUGAGCCCCAGGCGCGGGCCUCGCGCUCUCCCUAAGCAGGGGAGGCAGAGGGGGCCUGCGGCCAGGGCACAAGGGCGCCUG